AUGUUGAUAGAUUUUGGUCUGUCCCGUUCACAUCUCAACUGUUACUGAGUGUGCUGCAUUGUAGCAUUAUGGAGAUGAUUGUAAGGGCGCUUACAUUAUUCACUUUUUCUUGUCUGAUUGAAGCCAAGCAGAAAGACUUUUACACGUUUAAGCUCGUGAACAGUAGAGGGAGAUUAGUCUCUCUGGAAAAAUACAGAGGGUCGGUCUCAUUGGUUGUGAAUGUGGCCAGUGAGUGUGGAUUCACCGAUGAACACUACGGAGAUCUCCAACAGCUGCAAAAAGACUUCGGGCCUUUCCAUUUCAACGUGCUGGCUUUCCCCUGCAACCAGUUCGGCCAGCAGGAGCCCGGCAGCGAUAAAGAGAUCGACAGUUAUGUGCGGCGAGUCUACGGGGUUUCCUUUCCAUUAUUCAGCAAGAUCGCUGUGACCGGUGCAGGGGCCAAUAAUGCUUACAAAUAUCUCGUGGAUGCAUCAGGAAAAGAGCCAACCUGGAACUUUUGGAAAUACCUCAUCGACACAGAUGGUAAAGUGGUGGAUGCGUGGGGUCAUGACGUCUCCGUGAAGGAUAUCCGCCCCCGCAUAGCGGAUAUGGUUCGGAAGCUUAUCAUCAAGAGGAAGGUGGAGCUGUAGUGUCACAUUAGUUUCCGAGAAACUCUGAAAUCUGUCAACGCUCAGACCUCAGAAAUCGAUGUCUUUGAAGAAACAGAUGCUAAUUCAAGUCUGUUUAAAGCACAAAGUGUGAGAUUAGUUUGGUGCAAGCUAUGAUUCAAUGAUCAGAGACUGUCGGAAGCAUUUCUUAGGCUUGUUGGGUGAUUUAUAAAAAAAAGAAGCACUGAGGAACUCAGCAAUAAAAGACCACUUUUUAGGACCACUUACUCAUGUUCUGAUACGCUGAAUAACACACGCCCCAUCUAAUGGAACCAUGUGAGCAACCAAACUACUUGUAUUUGUCUUUUACUUGUAUUUUUUGUGGCCCAGGUGAAAAGCAUGCAAUCUGUAUGCCAUUUUUUUUACAUGUAAAUCAUACAUUUGAUCACUGCAAUAUGCACAACGUGAGGUCUGAACUGCAUAAACGCAUACAUGAUAACCAAAACCUAUUUUGUCUCUUAAGGCUUAACUGUGCGGUUGUUUUUUAUACACACUUAAAGCAGAACAUUUGGUAAGGACGUAAUCAAGGACAGAUUCAAAUCUUUUUAUCGCUCUUGCACGGAGGUUUUAAGGACCGAACAUUUUUAUACAUUUCAUUAGUGCAAGAAUGUGCCAAAUAAAGAAUAAAAAUACAAUUUUAAACUAGGGAGAUGUAAGUUCUUAAAAGGGUCCUAUUCUGCUCUUUGAUGCAAUGAUGAUGAUAACUAAAGCAAAUCAAUGUAGGAGGCCACAGAAAGAAUGAGCUUUAACCAUCUUAUGUUUUAAUGAUAUUUCAUGCUAAAAUAAAACUGUCAUCUGUCAUCACUUUUUUACCCUUAUGAGGUUCAGAAUGUGUAUGCAACUCAAAACCAUCAAGCAAAUGUGCGCAGUCACAUGCAGGUACGUGACCAUUU